AUGGAGUUAUUGUUGCGGUUUGCUGGAAUAAUCGCUAGAUUCCUCAAUUUUUUCAUCGUUGUUCCAUUGUUGAGUUUUUUGUAUCCAAAAGAAAAAGCCAACAUUCCCAAAAUAACGAACGACUUGUUGAAAGUCUCUGCUGUGGAUUUAGCUGAAAAGAUUAGAAACAAAGAGGUUAAAUCGGAAACGAUUGUCAAGUUAUAUAUCGAACGGUUGCGCGCAGUAAAUAAAAUUGUGAAUGCCGUCGUUGACGAGCGAUAUAACGAAGCCCUCGAAGAUGCCAAGAAAGCUGAUCAAAUGUGCGAAACAAUGACGCCGUUGUAUUUGCUGCAAAAUUAUCCCCUCUUAGGAGUUCCGUUUACCGUAAAAGAGAGUAUCGCGGUCAAAGGUUUAAUGCAUACAGCUGGAUCGAUGGCACGUUUGCACGAAAAAGCAGAUAAAGACAGCGAAUCGGUGCGAUUGUUGCGUGCAGCGGGCGGUAUUCCUUUGUGUGUCUCAAAUACGCCGGAAUGGUGCAUGGCGUGGGAAUCGUAUAAUCACAUUACAGGUCGAACACUGAAUCCGUAUGACUUGUCACGUACUGCUGGCGGAUCGAGUGGCGGAGAAGCUGCGUUGAUUGGGGCGGGCGCUUCAUUGUUUGGACCUGGAUCGGAUAUUGGAGGAUCAAUUAGAAUUCCAGCGCUCUUCACUGGCAUUUUUGGACAUAAACCGACAUCGAGUGUCAUCAGUAUCGACGGUCACUUCCCUUAUUGCAAAGAUCCUCAUUUCCAAAAUUACUUGGCUGUUGGUCCCAUGUGUCGUUAUGCCAAAGAUUUGUAUCCCUUGGUGCAAAUAAUGAGUGGUGAAAAUGCCAAAAAACUCAGAUUAGACGAGCCAAUCUUAACAAAAGACAUAAAAAUCUUCUUCAAAGAGGACGUUGGCAACAAUUUCAGUUGCAUUCCCAUCGACGCUGAAAUCCGAAAUUCGAUGAAACGUGCCUUAGAUCACUUCCAAUCCAACGGUUUGUCAGUUCAGCGUGCUACAAGUCUCGAUUUAACGGAUGCCUUUGAGAUGUGCGUCGCAUUACUCAUGGAAGUGCAAAAUUUGCCCGACUUGCUGGGCUAUCAGAAGGAAAACAAAGUGCGCGAUAAUGCACUGGUUGAAAUGGCAAAAUGUCUGAUAGGACGAUCGCAAUAUACGUUUGCGCCAUUAUCGCUGGCUUUCUUGAACGAUAACCGUGUAAUGAUCCCGGAACAAAAAUGCAAGAAAUAUCUGCCUGCAGCAAGGAAGUUGAGACAACAAUUCAUCGACUUGCUUGGCGAAGACGGAGUAUUUUUCUAUCCAACUUAUUGCAAACCAGCUGUGCGUCAUUACGAGUCCUUGACAACUCUUUCGGCAGUGCCUUAUACGAAACUUUUCAAUGUGUUUGGUUUUCCUGCGUGUCACGUGCCAAUGGGAUUAAACAGUGAAGGAUUGCCGAUUGGCUUCCAGGUCGUUGCCGCUCCGUAUCAAGAUCGACUUUGUUUGGCGAUGGCAGUGGAAUUAGAACAUGCAUUCGGUGGAUGGGUUCCUCCAAGCUAAUACGCAUGUUGAAAAUUUAACGAAAAUAUAUAAACAGGAGGGAACGGGACUGCAUUUUUUUAUAAAUUUAGAAAAAAAAUCCAAAUAUUUUAAUUUAGG